CUCUGGGUACCUGCCGCCGCGGCCGCCUCCAGUUGCCCCCGCACACGGCACCCAUCCUGCCGCGUCCUGCGCCAGCUUAAUUGUGGUUGUGCUUCUGUGUGGUGAUGUGUACCGGGAAAUAGUACUGGCUCUAAUCAUCGCCUUGCUGGAUCCCAUCACGACGCUGUGACCCUUCAUAAAUAUGUAAAGCUGUUUUUCUACCAGUGAUCGGCCGUCGGCCCGGGUGAGAAAGGAUGCCAAAGGGAGGUGACCCGCUGUGUCCACUCGGCUUUCACCCACAAACCCGCUGGCCGAACAGGUGCAAGCGCUGCUUCAGAGAUUACAAUGACCACAAAGCAGUCAAGGAAGCUUCGGGCUCUACCACCUCCCUUAAUUCGCUAAGCAGUUACGACACUGGUACUACCAAACAAGACGAUGGCAAGGAUUCGAGUGGCUACGGCUCCAGGGAUUCCCUUGUGUCAUCCUCCAGAGUCAAGGAUGAGGUCGAGGGUUACAGAAGGACACGUUCCGACCUGACUCCGGAUAUUAUCGCCAAGGCCAACGAAGAGUACGACCGAGACCAAAAAGCUGCGUCCAAGUUAAAUUCAUGGGACAAGUCUCGACCGGUAUCAUGGUCAGCCCAAGACCUAAGGAAGGCCGUAGACGAUGCCAAGGAACAGAUUCGGUCUUCGAGAGAAGACCUCCACCGACUCUAUGGCAGCACCAAAUCGUUAUCUCAGGGCCUGGAUAGCGACCUCAGGGACAGCUCAAAUGACCUAUCCACGAAGAACGACUCCACCUACUCCUUCUCCUCGUACCUGGCCAUGCGCACCAAGUCCCCCGCUCGGCCUCCGCUGGCCCGAACGUCCUCCUUGCAAGGCACCGCGUCCACGUCCUCGUCGGCGAGACGGAGCGAGGAGGAGGCCGCCCCAUCCAUCAAGGAGGAGAAGGAGAAGGAGACGAAGAGCUAUUCGAGUUAUUCGAGUUAUUCGAGCGAAAGCAAGAGUUCGAGGCUCUCUUCUCUAGCGCCCAUUUCAGAGGCGAAGUCGAGCCGCCUGUCGACGGAGGACAAGGACAAGGACAAGGCGGAGGCCAACGGGAAGCCCCCGAAGCCUCCGUCGCGACUCAAACUCUCGUCCAAGCUCCUAGACAUCAAGGAGACGCCCAAGGAAGAAAAGCCCAAGAAAAAUAUCUUAAGUCUUAAGGGCGAAGGAUACGGGAGCAGUUCAGAGGUGAAGAGUGAGGAUGACUCCGCCGACGCCACCUACGUCAUCAAGUUGGCCAAACCGAAGAAGGAACCGAAGAAGGUGGAGAUCGACCUCCAGUCCGAGCUCGAGCGCGUGCAGCAAGAACUCAAGGAGAAGAACAAGGAGAUCAAAGAACUCGAAGAACGCACCGAGAGGCUGGAGAGCGAGAACAAGGAACUCUCGGCGAAGAAACCCAAGUUCGGGGACGUCCGGAAGCACACCGAGCUCUCCAAGUUGCAACAGAAGCUCGACGACCUCAGUGACGAAAUGAAGAGCAAGAACAAGGAAGUGAAAGACCUGAAGAAGGAGAUAGACAAACGGCCGUUGCCAAAGGACGUGGAAAAAACCAUGGAGGACUUGAGAUCGAAGCUCCAGGCGGCAGAGCAGCUGUGCGAAGAACUGAUGGACGAAAACGAAGAUUACAAGAAGGAAGUCCGCGCUCUCGAGGAGGAGAUCGAGGAGAUGCAAGACAACUUCAGGGAGGAGCAGGCGGACGAGUACAGAGACCUCAAGCGGGAACUCGAGCAGACUGCCAAGAACUGCCGCGUCCUGCAGUUCAAGCUCAAGAAGGCAGAACGGCGCUCCGAUACGCUGGAGCGGGACAAGGGCGAGAUCGAGGACAAGCUCAAGGAACUCCAGGUCGGCGACGGAGACGUUGACCGCUCGGAGAAGGUCAAGACACUGGAGAAGGAGGUCAACCUGGCGAAGGAGGUGUCCAUGAAGAUGCACGAGGAGAUGGAGAAGAUGAAGAAACAGCUCGAGGAAGCGGAGAAGGAUAAGAAGAAACUCACGGAACAAUGCAAUGAUAAGCCUAUUAGACCGGGAGGAAAAUACAGCCGAUCGCAGCUGAUGGCUCGCCAAGGCAGCCAGGAUAACACCGACCAGCUGCUCCGCGACCUUAAAGAUGCUGGGGAGCGCGAGCAAGACCUGAAGGACCAGCUGAAGUUCGCCGAGGAGGAGACCAAAAACCUGAGGAAGAAGCUGUCUCGAGUCGAGGAGGAGAACGAGACCCUGGCGCUGCAGCUGAAGAAGAUGACCACCAAGGCUAAGGCCAACCGACAGAGGUCCCUCGAGCGCUCGGGAUCUCUGGAGCGUUCGAGUUCCGUGGAGCGAGGAACACUCAGCCGCCAGGGAUCCACCGAGAAGCCGUCGGCGAAGGAACCCGACGAAGGAAUCACCGAGGAUCUCGACCCGACCGAACUGAAGAUUCAACUGGAGCUGAACGAGCAGGAAGCCGCUGUUUUGAGACGAAAGGUUGAAGAUCUGGAGAGCGAGAACGAACGCCUUCAGAAGAACAUCAAAGAAGUCCUUUCCACCACCGACUCCAAAUCCAGAAAGGCUGACGUACCUCUCGACAUCAAGAAACUGGAAAAGGAAAUGGAAAUCCUCAAGACAAGAGUCGAACAAACGGAAACAGAAAACGAGAAGCUGAGUGACGAAAACAAGAGACUGCAGCUGAAGGCCGUGAAGCGUCUCCCUCUCACGGGCGGCGAGACAAGCUACAUCGAGAGACAGGUGAUGGAGGACAAGGUGCGGCGUCUGGAGAAGAAGCUGAAGGAGGCGAACACCAAGCUAAAGGACGCCCAAGUGAACGCCGCAGUGACCGGAGGCGAGCUCGAGGGUAAGGCCGGGGAGGCUGGAGGCGUCGCUAGCAAGAAGCUCAUGGACGAAGUGAAAGACAAAGAUAAUGCAAUCGGGGAUCUGAAAAAGAAAGUCGAUAGCUUACAAGAACAGUACGAUAAGGUGCGGAAAGAGUGCGAUGACAUGAAAAACGCUACGGCUUACAAAGACAGGACUCCCAAGAAACCCAGAGACCUGACGCCCAAGUCCACUCUGGUAAAAUGGGUUGACGAAUUAGAGACCGAGUGCGCCACGCUCAAUGUGAAACUUAAGUUCUUGGAAAUUGAGAAACAAGUCUUAGAGGAAAUGACGCAAGGGAAAAGAGAUCCGAAUAACGCCGUCGAUGGCGAAAUGUGCCACCUGCUCUUUGCCGAGAACGAGAACCUUAAAGCGCACUGCAAGUUCCUCAAAGACAAAGCCGACGCCAAGGAAGCCGAGACCCGGCAGCAGAGGCGUAGAGUGAGGGAGCUCGAGGGAGAGAGGGAGAAAAUGGAGGAGCAGAUGAAAGGUUUUAAGGAGACUGAGCGGAAAGUCGUUGAGGUACUGAACUCGGAGGAAAGAGCGUAUAAGAGGGCCUCGGAAUACACGCCCAAAUCGGCCCUAAGACAAAUGGUAGACGAACUGAAUCGCGAAUGUGCCCGCCUGCACGUCGCCCUCAAGGAGUCCGAGAAGAAGAAGGCGAGGCCGAGCUCCGAGGAUCUAACGAGUCUGCGUGACGUGGAGGACAAGCUCGAGCGGGAGAGAGAGAGGAACGAGGAGCUCACUCGGCAGCUCAAGGAGGAGAGGGAGAAGCAGGACAAAGCUUACGGAAACAAGAGAAGAACAACAAGUGAGGAUGACAUCAGACGCUACGAGGAGAAGGUCGAGACCCUCAAGAAGGAGCUGGCCAAGGAGAAGGAGCGGUACGACGACCUCAAGACCAAGGUCGGGGACGGCAAGUCGGUCGGCUUCGAGGAGCUCCGGUCCGCCCAGUCCGAGAAGCACAGACUCCAGAAAGAGCUGUCGACGGCGCAGCAGACGACGGAGGUGCUGGAGAAGAAGCUCAAGGAAGCGGAGGAGAACGUCAGACUCGCGGAGAAGGCGGAGAGGAAAUCGAAAUACGUGUUGGAGCAGCUCGAGUCAAAGCUGGAGGAAGAGAAGAACAGCCUGACCGCGGCCGAAGAACGCCAGAAGGAAAUGACCAUGUCUUGGCUGAAGGAGCGGGACGACCUGAAGAAGGAGAUCACGGAGGCCAAGAAGACCAAGGAGAAGGCGGAGAGGGAGCUCCGCACGGCCAAGAAAUCGCGCGACCAGAUGGAAACCAUGAUGGAGGAUGAGAAGAGACGCACGGAAGACAUCUCGGCGUCUAAGAAGAAGGACGCUGACGAGAUUAAGAGGCUGAAGGCGGACAAGGAGGGAUUGUCACGCGAGGUCGAUGAGCUGAAGGAUGCUGUCAACAAGCUCGAGAAGUCAAAGGACAACGUGAACUACAAACAAAAGCGAGAAAUGGAGAACCUACGGAAGGAGAAGGAGGACCUCGAGAUCCGCAUGAACACCUUGGAGAGUGAGCUCAAGUCGGAGCAGAAGCGGCGCGAGAGGCUGGAGAAGGACUCGGAGAGGGGCAGCUCAGUUGUUGGCUAUGCUGCAAGAAAGUCCGAGACCGAAGCUAAGAAACUGAAGACCGAGCUGGAGAACGUGAAGAAGGAGUAUGACGAGAAGAUCAAAGAACUGGAAACACAGAUGAAGAAGGAAAAAACGGGUCGUGAAGAACUCCAGAGCAAAUACGACCUCUUGGAGGAAGACUACGUCGUGCAGAAGGCUCAGAUGACGGUCGGCAUUGAGGAUGACUACCAAGCCCUCAAGAAGGACCAUGACACGAUAGAGAUCGAACUGAAGACGUUGCGGGAAACCUACAACAUAAGACAAGACACUUGGAUCAAGGAGAAGCUCGACAUGCAGGAGCAACUUAAAGACCUGGAGAAUCGUCUCAACAAGGUGUCCAUCGACCCGACGUCGUACUCGGAGAAGAAGCGACUCAAGGACAUAAUCGAAGACAAGAACCAGCAGAUCGAAAAACUAAGACGCGACGUCGACGGCGUCAAAGACCAGGCGUCCUUCUACAGGAGAGAGUCCGAGGAGCUCCGGCGUAAAGUGGACGACCUGGAGAAGCUGAGCGAGCUGAACGAGAGGCGGUCGACCUCGCUCAGCACGGCAGACAAAACGUCCUUUGAUACCACCAUCAGAGAACUGAGAUCGAGACUCUCGGCCUCGGAGAAGAACCACAAGACCGAACUAACGAAGAUCAAGAUGAAGUACGACUCGAAACUCAAGGCCAUGACCGAGGAAGUGUCCACCCUGACGCAGCACAUGACCAAGUACAGGAGGGAGAGAGACACUUACAAGGAGAUGCUGGACGGAGCGCAGAGGAACAUCGCCGAACUCAAGGGAAACGUCACUUAUAGGACGUCGCGGGCUGACAACGCAACGGAGAUCGCGGCGGUCCAGCGUGUGGCCGACCUCAAGGCGCAACAGCAUCUGAUCGAGACCCAAGAACUGCAGUCACAGAUCACGGAGCUCGAGGACAAGCUGGCCGACUCCCGCCUCGAGGGCACCAAGAUCAAGAACGAGCUCGUCGACCAGAAGACCAACUUCGAGAUCCAGCUGUGCGACCUGCAGACAAAGCUCAACGAGUACGAGGAGGACCGUCUACUGGGAGGCGGAAGCAGGCGCGUACCGGGCCUCAGGACUCGCCUCGAACUCAACUGGCAGAAGGAGCGCGAGGAGCAACAGAGGCUCAUUCAGGAGACAGCCACACUCGCCAAGGAUCUCAGGCAGACGCUGUACGAGGUGGAGCGCGAGAGAGACCUGGAGAGGCUGGAGGCCAAGAGGAAGAUCGAGCAACUCAAGAAGACGGUGGGCCAAGAGACGUCAGACACCAAGAGCAAAGUGCAAGAGCUUCAGCGCGACCUGAUGGAGCUACGAGAAGCCCACGCGAAGCUCCGUCAGAUCAACGAGAAACUCCGGCGAGAGAAGGACCGGACGGAGGUGGAGCGCGAAGCCAUGAGGGACAAGUACCUGGGCUCCUCCAGGGACAACCUCAACCAGGCGGCCAAGAUGGAGAGGCUCACGGAAGAGAUGAAGAAGGUAAAGGACCUUGCGCCGCUCGUUCUUGGGGAAGGCAUUGACGGCAGAGACAGCUCGCUCACCAGACUACCUGGCGAUCCCAAACCAAAGACGAAGGAGGAGUUCACAGACUCCCUGAAGAGAGCGUGUCGGACUAUGGAGGAGAUGAAGAGGAUGAUGAAUCUCAUGGACGACAGAGACCGGCUGAAAAGGGCGCCGUCGUUCCGAAGAGCGCUAUCGGUGGAGGACAGCGAAGACGAGGGGCCGCCCUCACGCCCACGCAGCGCCCAGAGAGGCUCGUUACGCCCACGCGGCCACAAGUCCUCGCUCUACCGGAAGACGCAAUCCCUCGAUCACCAGAUGGCAGAGGACCGAGGCAAGAUCUGGGUCUCGACGGACGCCGGCAGCACCACCAGCAUAGACUCCACCAUGACAGACGACAUGCGCAGAGCCAAGUACGACCGCGACAUCUCCCUGGACAGGAUCUCCACGGGUUCCCAGACGAGUGACCUGGAUCCUCUCGGCGACAAGAAGAAGAAGGGACUCAAGGGAAUGAUUUCGAAGCUCACCAAGUCCCGCUCUAUCGAGGAUUCGGCCACGGGAGGUUCCAUCGUGGGCGCCGGGGUCAAGGCGAUGGGCGUGGGCGUGGGCGGGUCCGGGAACGACAUCCCGAGCGACGUCGAGAAGGACUCCGUCAAGGGGAAGCUGAAGGGCCUCUUCAAGAAGGGGCCGCCGUCGAGAUCGCAGAGCGUUGACCGAGCAGACGGGCCAAGUGUCAAGAAAAUCGCCAGUUCCUAUGACUAUGACACUGCUUCAAUGGCAUCGAACGCUUCUUCGAAAUCCGCAAGAAACCAGCCUCCACAGUGACCGAGGGAUAUCUUUUGGACCUCCGAGGUUAUAUGGCA